CACUAGAACGCAAACAAGAUGGUCCACAGAGUUCUGACCUGUCUUCUGUUGCUCCUCAGUUUGCUCUUCACCAUUGACUUGGUGCUGAGCCACACAAAGAAUAUCUACACCUCAGAUGAAGCUACUUUAAGGAUUAGCAGAAGUAUAAGCCAGCCAGAUGAGAGCGGGAACAGCAGUCUUACUUCCUUGAGUCGGUCGAAGCGUGUGGCCAUCUUCAAUGGCCAGGGCGUUAUCAAGGUGGGAUUACCACUGCAACACUGUGGAUUCGGCACAUCUCUAACCACUUCCACUUAUCCAAACCUCUUGCAGCUGGUACCGAGUCUGGCGUAUCCAGUGAAGCAGACCGACAAAACGCAGUCCUUUUGGUGGUUCAUUAACGUGCAAGGCCAGUGGAUACCGACCACCAUUCCCAUAUUCUGGUGGAGUUUCUGGAACACCACCGCCUUCGUAUCCACCGCUCGCGAAUGGCGCAAGGACAUGCAGGCGAAGGUCCUGCACGACGAGGCUCGCACGUGGGUCUACAAUGCCAUCGAAGUGGGCAUGGAGCAAUUAGAUGGUGCUUACGGUGGAGUUUGCCUGCUGAGAAGCAUAUGCGAAAUCUCACAGAAACCCUUCCAGAACAGCAACAUCUUCAGCGAGAUCGUGAACGCAGUGCUGGUACCCACCAUGGACAAUGUGGCCAGCAAGUAUCUGCAUGCCCGUGACGCGGGACGCGGAGGAGCAGACUGCGAGCGAACCUACAGCGACUGCAAUCCGCUGCUCUGGACCCUCGUGACGAACAUGGCCAAGAAUCCGUUCAAGUGA